AAGAAGAACUGCUACUACCGCCUUCAUCCGGUGACGCAGCUUCCUUUCUGCCCGUGCUAACCUCCGAGUGAACACGCGUUCGCCUUUCUAGCUCAAGAUGCGUUACGUUGCUGCUUACCUGCUCGCUGCCCUGGGUGGCAAUGAGAACCCUGAGGCCAAGGACAUCAAGAAGAUCCUGGAGAGUGUUGGCAUUGAGUCUGAUGACACACGCUUGGACAAGGUCAUCUCUGAGCUGAAGGGCAAGAAUGUUGACGAGGUGAUCACCACCGGUUACGGUAAACUGGCCAGCAUGCCAGCAGGUGGUGCCGUAGCUGUUGCCAGCUCUGCAGCUGCUGGCUCAGGCGGAGCCGCAGCUCCUGUUGCAGCUGAGGAGAAGAAGAAGGAGGAGAAGAAGGAAGAGUCUGAGGAGUCCGAUGACGGCAUGGGAUUCGGCCUGUUCGACUAAACUUUUUCAUCUGAUGAAUAAAGUUUCUAAAAAAAUCUCAAAA